AUGUCGCUUCCCGUUCCUGGCAGUAUUGGCUUCGCGCAUUUCGCAGAUGCGCCCCGUCGCUCUAUCGUCGCCCCAUCGAGACGAAGAACAGUUCAUUCUUGGAGAUUCAGUUUAGAUUUUGGCGAUUUCAGUCUUUUCGAAGAAGCCGGCGAUCGGGAUUCCCUGGAUGAAGGUGCCGCUAUCAAAGAAGAGAUCUCUAAUAAUUGCCCGCGCAUCGAACCCGUCGACCUUCGAAUACGAGACUUGAGCGUGUAUAUUCGAAGUAAACCAUCGUCAUGGAGUGGUUUCACGAGUCGGUUCCAAUCCACAAAGGAGCCAGCGUCAGAAGCUCCUCCCGACAAGACGAUAUUAAACGAUAUCAACCUUGAUAUUAAAGCUGGAACACUCACGGCCAUAGUUGGUGUAUCUGGAUCUGGCAAGACAACGCUGUUGAACAUCAUAGCAGAGCGAUUCGCUGCUGUCGGUCUCCACAUCGAAGGUUCCAUCACAUUCAACUGGCAAAAGGGUAUCUCUUCAACACGCAGCGGCUAUGUUAGGCAGGAAGACCUAUUGAUGCCCACGCUUACCGUCCGGCGUACUCUUAUGUAUGCAUCAAAGCUCCGAGACCCAUCGACGCCAGCUUCUAAACAUGCGACACGGGUGGAUGAAAUGAUUUGCGAACUUGGUCUUAAGUCGUGCGCAGACACAGCGAUUAAACAAUGUUCCGGUGGCGAGAAAAGGAGGACAUCCAUCGGUAUCCAACUACUGGGUAGUCCUAGUAUACUACUUCUAGACGAACCUACCACAGGUCUCGACGCCACGUCGGCUCUAGCAGUAGUAAGUACGUUACAAAGACUCGCCAAAAGCGGCCGAACUAUUAUCACAACGAUUCACCAACCAAGAUCCGAUAUCAUCAACCUUUUCGAUAAGUUAGUUGUAAUGAGCAAGGGUGGUCUUUUAUAUGCUGGACAAGCAAGCACAUGCGUCCAAUACUUCGAGAACCUAGGUUAUAUCGCACCACAACAUGUCAACCCCGUCGAAUUUGUUAUCGGACUAGCCGCCGUCGAUUACCGAACUAAAGAAAGCGAAGAUGAUUCCAAGGCGCGGAUAGCAUAUAUACAAGAAGCGUGGAAACAAGGGACGCAAGAGGAACGCAAGUUGGUGCGACGCAGGAGCAUCCCUCCAACCAGGGCUCGGACAUUCGAGACCGGUAACUUGCUAGAACGUCUAAACAACUUCCGUCGCCGCGUUACCAUAUUGACCCGACGAAAUCUUUGCCUUGCCUGGAAUGAUAAAGCAAGUUCCGCAUCGGUCCUCAUCGGCGCUCUAUUCCUUGGCAUCGUCGCCGGUCUCAUCAACCUUCAACUCGGCCGAGAUGAAAGUGGUAUUAGAUCGCGACAAGGAGCACUCUACACAGCAAUUUCUAUCAUCUCCGUUGUAUAUCUCGAAAUCGAACUCUGGCGUCUAGUGAAUGACAUUAGAAGCUACGACCAAGAAUGCGAAGACGGACUUAAUGGCGCAGCCGAAUUCGUUUUUAGUCGACGCAUUUCUGCCUUAAUCUUAGAAGACAUACCCAUACCCUUAAUCUUUAGCAUAAUAUUCUAUUUCCUGGCUGGACUUAGAGAAGGACCCGAACACUUCGGUAUCUUUUUUCUUUUUGUAUUCCUAGCACACUAUGCCGUUCGCACUUGGGCGAUGGUCUCCAUCUCCCUUUACAGGGACUAUGCUUCGGCUUCGUUAAUUACCGGUCUCUUCAUCACCAUACAAACCUUCUGCGGUGGCUUCUUAAUCCAAGUCAACAGCUUGCCCGUGUACGUGGGUUGGCUGCGCUGGAUAGCCUAUUGUUUCUACGCAUUCAGCGGCCUAGCAUCCAACGAAUUCGCCGGCGACUUCUACGAUUGCCCUUAUCCGGGCGGCGAAGACAAUCCUCUCUGCCAACCAUUCGUGGGAGACUCUAUCAUAGCGAGCUUAGGGUUCCGUUCUUGGGUCGCUAUACCUAUCAUUAUCAUCUUGGCAUUCAUCUUUCUCUACAUUGUCCUUUCCCUGUUCUUCCUAUACACAAGAACGGUAUCCAUCGAAAGUGCGGGCAAACCCAAGACCGCACCGGAAGAGGCCCCUGAACCACAUGUGCCCAACACUGUGGACAUCGGUAUUGGCCCAGUUCAAGUACAGCUCGAGGACCUCAGCAUCUAUGCACGCAACUCGGGAAUUGACGCUUUACGGAAGGAACCGAAAUGCAUUGUCCAAUCGGUCAACAUCACAUUCGCUCCAGGAUCAUUCACAGCUAUUAUGGGACCAUCGGGAUCUGGUAAAACGACACUUCUGAAGAGUAUAGCCUAUCGUGAGCAAGACAAGUAUCGUUGGCUUGGAAACAUUUCUAUCAACGGAACUCCACUUAAUAAGAAACUCGCCGAAUCCAUCUGCUCGUACGUCCCGCAACACGACGUGGGUCUCCUGCCUACUCUAACUGUACGCGAAACUCUGCGAUACGCCGCUCUGCUGCGCCUCCCAAGAGAAAUUCCUACGAACGAAAAAUACCGACGUGCCGAAGAAAUACUCCACAAGCUAGGUCUAAAAGAUUGCGCGUCAGUGCGGGUCGGCGACCAGGGCAACAAGGGAAUCAGCGGUGGUGAGCGACGUCGUGUAUCGAUCGGUAUCCAGCUAUUGAGCGAGCCGCAAGUUCUGAUCCUCGACGAGCCUACAUCUGGUCUUGAUGGUUUCGCAGCGAACUCUAUUCUUAGCAUGCUGAAGAGUCUUGCCGAGAAGGGAUGCACGGUCCUUACUACGGUUCACCAAACUAGUGUCGAUGACUUUAACAAGUUCGAUAAUGUUGUUCUGAUGGCUAAGGGAGGGCGCUUGUGCUACGCCGGACGUCGUGAUCUAAUGUUACCUUACUUUGAGCAGCUUGGUCACUUUUGCCCGCAAACGGAGAGCCCUGCGGAUUUCGCAUCGGAUCUUUUGAGCGGUGUAUCGCGCUUCCAAACGGAUGCUGUGGAUUCCCAAGAAGACGCCGAGGAGCAAGUAAACGCCCUAGUCUCCGCAUGGCCACGCACGCGCAAGUCGAUUGAAGACCCCUGGAUGGAAGGACAGUACGACCUCCUUCUCAAACCUGCCGAACUGCUGCAACGCGAAGCCAGUCCAUUUUGGUGCCAGUAUGGAUCUCUACUCCGACGAUCGAUGACACACCACUUCCGCACUGAGGACGUUAUUAUUAGUCGUUUUGUGCAGGCAUUUAGCUAUGGUGUGCUACUGACGCUUUUCUUCGCGCCCCUCCGGUACAACCAAGCAGGUGUCCAGACCCACGCCGGUUACAUCCAGCUUGUGGCAUCACUACUAAGUGUGGGCUUACUACAGAACGCCGUUGUAUACCCGGCGGAGCGAGACAUCUUCUAUUACGAGCGUGCUGACAAGGCAUCGUCUGUUGAGGGAUUUCUCCUGCAGUACACAACCCUCGAAAUUGGUUCCGAACUAAUAGCUUCUCUUAUUUUCUCCGUUCUUGCUGUAUUCGCCGCGGGUCUGCCGCGGACGGUGCAGAUGUACUUUAUUGUUGUUUACAACACAUUCCUUUUGCUCAACUGCGGUGAAAGCCUGGGUAUUAUUUUCUUUACGAUUUUCGAUCAUGGUGGCUUCGCUUUAACGGUCGCGUCGCUUGUUCUAACCAUUGUGGAGAUCAUGAGCGGUGUCAUCACGCCCGACGUACCCGCCUUCAUCCGCGCCAUCACCUACAUCUCACCCACCUUCCACGGUGUUUCCAACCUACUACCUUUCGCCCUUCGAGGCAGCGUUUUCUUCUGUGAUCCAAACGAAUUAGCGGCAGACGGCUCCUGUGCCGUCACCACGGGCGAGGAGGUUUUAGACUUGUUCCAUAUGAAUGUUAGCACGACUAGGGGCCUGGUAGGAUUGGCCGUCUGUGUCGUUGUGUAUAGACUUAUCGCAUAUAUCCUCUUGAAGGCGAAGUUUUUCAGUUUUAGGGAGCGUCUGGCAAGUUUAAGGGUUCGCAUGUUUGGAAAGUCCAACGAGUCGGGGUACUUGGUUGGGGGGUCUAGAAUCGGCACACCGGAUAAUCAUGUAUAGAAGGAGCAUGGAUGGAGCAUAAGAGCAUCAGCGUUUGAUUUAUUGCAGC